CUGUUGCAGCUGCUGCAGUCUCCCGAGGUUAAGGAGGAUGCAGUCCUCUGCUGUUCUAUGGAGCUGCAGUCCACAGGUCAUCUCCUGGAGGAGCAGCUUCCAGAGAUGAUGACUGAGCUCCUUGCCACAGCCAGGGACAAGAUGCUGUGUCCGGCUGAGUCCCAGCUGACCCGCUCCCUCCUCAUGGAGGUCAUUGAGCUCCGUGCCCACCACUGGACCCCUCUGGAGGCCCUCACCACACAGUACUACAACAGAACCAUUCAGAAGCUCACCACCGCCUAGCCACCCAGGGCCCAGGACUGGACCUAGGCUCACAGGUCUUCAGGUCUCUCUUGAAAAAUACAUUUUAUCUCAAUAAGAYGACCUGGUUAAAUCAAAUAAAAAGGUCCAGUUGUCUGACAUAGGGAGGCCUUAACUGGGUUAAUAGCUAGGAGGCAUGGGACCAUACCGGGAGUGGAUUUAUCUGGGKCCGAAAGGGUUUAGGUUACGGUUUGGGGAUGAGACAAGACAGAAACAUGUGAAACCAUGCAUAAACAAGUCAAACACUACACACACAACUAAAAAGACCGGCCACUGGCCAUGCUGCCUGUUCCRACGAGACGGGAGGAGGACAAAGAGUGUUUGUGAGGCGCGUAGAGGAGAGGGGUGUGUGGGUACAGGGUCGGGUAACAGCCGUCUCUGGGGAACAGAGGGUCUCCUCAGAGGAUAAAAAGAGAAGGCGGUGUCCAGAGGGACAUUUCAUUCUCUAUCUCUUUUGUGCUUGUUUGCCAACUACCCGCCCUCCUAUCUGUUUCCUCUGUCUCUCCUCCCCUUCCACCCUGGGGUCUAUGUGGCUGGGGGAGCAUGCCUCCCUCUAGUUUGUCCCUCACCAGGCGCCCCUCUCUGCCCAGGCGACCCUCUCUGCCCAGGCGACCCUCUCUGCCCAGGCGACUUCUCUUGCCAGGCGACCUCUCUGCCCAGGCGACCCUCUCUGCCCAGGCGACUCUCUCUUGCCAGGCGACCCUCUCUGCCCAGGCGACCCCUCUGCCCAGCGACCCUCUCUG